AUGCCCCACGAAUCGGCACCGCCGGUUUCGCUGGUCCAGGUGAAUACGCAAGCGUCCGCCACCAUCAAAGAAGCAGCUCAGGCUGAAGAAGAAGAAGAGCUCAGACCUUCAUCGGAGCUUCAUCACAUCAAGCUUAUAUCCGUGGCGCUCAAGGAGGCCGCCUUGGACCUGCCUUCAUUUCGAGCUUCCGUGACGCAUCUCCAUACCCAGCUCAUGACGACGGAAAAGUGGAUUUUGGCGUUGCGGUCCAGUUUGACCAAGAUCCCCAAACAAGUCAAGGAAUUGCAGAGUUAUGUCAACUCCUUCUUGGAGUAUUUGAUGCCGCAGAGUCUUCUGGAAGGCUUGGUCGACCAGGAGUACACGCAGCAGGCCAUGAAUACGAUCUUCGACGGACUAAAGCUGGUCUGGGAUAUCAGCUUGGGAUUGCUCAAUUACCUGGUUCCCCGGCUAGAAUCCACAAAAGACUCCAUCAUGGAGCAGAUCGCCUUGUACCAAACCCACAAAAUCCGUUUUGACGAGGCCCAGGCCAACUACGACAAGUUUCUACGGAUCCACAUGGCUACACCUAAACUGAAGGACCCAGCUUUGGUCAUGGAGGAUGCCUUGCAGCUUUACGCCGUGAGAAAAGAGUACAUGGAGGCCAGUCUCGAACUUAUUAUCGAGCUCAAUGAGCUUGUGGGGUACGUCAACAACAAAAUUGUCCGUUUUAUCUACCUCAUGUGGCACCAGAAAAUGGAGCGUUUUGGCUCUCAUCCGGUUGUGCAGCAGCUCUUGAACGACGUGUGGGCACAGCUCAAACGUGUUUCUUCCUGGUGUGACAACUAUAGAGGCUCCGUGAAACGCCUUCAUCGUGAUAUGAUGGCUGCAAAAAAGCAGAUCCAGGAGUCCACCAGUGCCAGUUUUGUACCUUCCGGAGACUUGAACGACUACCGAACCACUCACGUCAAUGCAAAGGUUUUGUCCGCUUACCCCGAAUCUGCGGUGGAAAAGCACGGCCAUUUGUUCAUGAAGACGUAUGUUGACAAAUCGACCAAGCCCGUCUGGGUCCAGCGGUGGGCCUUCCUUCAAGGCGGUGUUUUUGGUCUUUUGGUUCUCAAUCCGUCUGGAACGGCCGUUCAAGAGACCGACAAAAUCGGUGCUUUGCUCUGCAACACAAAAUUCACAGCUAACGAAGAAAGACGGUUCUGUUUUGAGCUCAAGACCAUCGAUACAACUCUUGUGUUCCAGACAGAAACAGUGCAGGAGCUAGCAUCGUGGCUCAAGGUCUUUGAAAACGUCAGAACCAGAAUCACCACCAGCGGCGACCCGAUGACCAGUUUGUUUGGGAUCGCCAGUAAUAGGUACCCACCGCUAAUGUCCGAGUUCGCCAACUCCAACAACACAACUACUGAUAGACAAAUGACGAACUCGAAAAUCAUCAACAAGGAGGGCCAGAUCAUCACCUCGUCGAAGCUCUCCGCUCACUUAAUGAAGAACCAGAGGUUGUUCCAGAACUUUGUCUACAAGCAGGUUGCCAGAAUACGACUUCCCUUUUUCACCGAAUCCAGUCGUUCAGCACUUAUAGCCUACAGUUUGGCAGGUUCAACUGCUGUUCCCACAGCCCUCAGCGCUAAUAUCUGGGGAUCACUUAAUUGGGGGUGCUACUAUCUCCACGAAGAUUUCCACCCCAUUUCCUAUGAUGACGUUGCACCAAUGCCAGAGGAGCCAUUUUCUAAGCAGAUUGGUCAGGGAAUUAUGGUACCGGCAAACUAUCCCGAUACGCUUCUUGGUAGUGAAAUCCAGAUGAGAGCGCUUUUCGAAUCCGAGGUUGACAACAACGAAUGCUGUUUACUUUCUUUCUACUGCCUCUGGCUGCCUAAUUCCAACCAAGAGCUUCGAGGCACGGCAUUCUUCACACAAAAAAACUUGUAUUUUUACUUACAUGCUCUGGGAUUUGUGGCCUUGAGCAAAACACCUAUUGACCAGAUUGUCGAAGCAACCUGCGUUGUCAAAAAGAGUUACGACUACAUGAAGAUCUUCAAGGUCAGCGGCUCCAUUAAGACGAAAUUGUUCGUAGGUGACGGUAUCUUGAUUGCUCAAAAGAUCAACGGUAUUAUCCAGAAUAUUGCCAGUGAUAGUCCUUUGUCAAUCGACGGUUUGAUAAACAAGCUCAAAGAUAUCGAGAGGGAGUACGCUUCUGAAAAAGAGCGUAUUGAACGUUUGGCUGAGCAUAAGGCGUCUCCUAAUGAAACCAGCUCCUUUGAAAUCGACCCUAGAAAACAUGAGGAUAAAUCCAGCUUCAGAAUCGAUUUCAGUGAGGAUAUGAACUUCCUCUGCUCUCACACCGUCAAGCUCCUGCCAAAAGCUGUUCUUCAUGCUCUUAUUGGACACAAGUCUCAUAUAAUGGAUGCCUCUUAUCCCGUCGUUUCCGUCAAGUACAUCAGUCAAGGUGCAUGGAUGAAGAUUCCAGGCAACGAACGUGGUUUGUACAGAGACUUCCUUUCGGCCAUUGUUUAUCACAACGGUAAAGCCGAUACUAUCACCGUUAGGCAAGAACUUGAGGAGAUGAGCGAGAAUGAGUACUACUGUUUGAAAAGUCUGAGAUCAACUCUCAAAUUUGGCUUGGUCCAAUUCGAAAUCAGCACGAGAAUAGUCAUUUUUUCCAGCGAAGGCGGCAAUUCUAAGAUUUUGAACUACGCUAAAGCGGAUUUCGACAGGAAGACAAUCUUCAAUCCUCUUCUUCGGAGCUUAUCGAAAACCUUCCAAACCUCCUUUGCCAGAGGUGUAUGCCGUCGUCUUGACAAAAGUGCAAAGGUUAUCGGAAGUCAUGGCCAGGUUGCAAAGGCGAUUUACAUGUACGGAAAAGUGCCUGUCACGGAUGUACCUUACGAAAUUCCUCAGCUGCCUCCAACUCAAUUGGACCUUGACACAUUAUUCCGUUUGACCUUGAGAGGCACACUCGGUUCUAUUAUCAGGCUGAUCUCCACAUUCAUCUAUUUUGUCGUUCGUUCUACACAAUUGUUCUUGAGCAGCUUGUCGAUGAACAAGGUUUUGGUCUUCAUUAUCAUACUUAUGGGAAUGAUGAACGUCUUCCUUAUGGGCAGGUCCACUGUCACCUAUUGGCAGGCUCGUAAUGCCAAAGGUGUCAUGCUAGAUAUUAUUCAGGGUGAGCCAAUGAUAAUGGAGCGGGCCAUUUACUUGAAGGAAGUGCAAGAGCUCAUCAAGAACACACACGUUACCGAAGAUAACUCGACAUGUUUCCGCAUUUUCCAGGACCAGUCGUUCAUCCAGAACUAUGACCAGGCGCUGGCUUGGAAGUUGAAGUAUGAGGACGACAUUGCCCGUUCGGUAGCCACCAAUCUUAGACGGACCUUGCGUGAGAUUGGUAUCAGACGAAACGAAUUGGUGGUGAGUUUGCAAAUGCUCAAUCAACUCGAGGAGGAAGUUGCCAAGGGCGAGUGGCGCAACUGGCUUCUGGACGAGCUUGAAAAAUGCGGCGUUCUCAUGAAUCCAACCAGUGAAGGUGAGACCCUGAAUGAGAUCAAGGCCAGUUACACCGAGGGUGUGGACAACUUGUUAGCAUUUUGCGACUGCUGCUCUAAAGAAAUGGCACAACUCAGAGGCAGCGAAGGCCAGGGCCAGCUGUUAUUUUGA